AUGCACAGAUCACUCUACACCGCCGUGGUCAGAUCCUCGGUCCGUAUGCCUGUCUUAAGAGCAGCAAGACCAACCUUGGCAGUUGCCCCAAGAUUUGCAGCUUUUCACACCGUGAGAUUGAACUCCACUAAGGCUGAAGCCAACAAGGACUCUGAAUCCGAGACCAAGCCCGAGCAGGCAGAAACAGGCGAGAAGGCUGAAGCUCCAGAAGCUGAAGCCGCUGAAUCUGCUGAGGCUGAAGACCCUGUGAUUGUUGAGUUGAGAGAGAAAUUGCAAACCAAAGACAAGGAACUCGCAGACAUGAAGAACCACUACGCCAGAGCCGUUGCUGACUUCCGUAACUUGCAAGAGACCACUAAAAAGGAGAUGCAGAAGGCCAAGGACUUUGCCUUGCAGAAGUUUGCCAAGGACUUGUUGGAGUCUUUGGAUAACUUCGGUUUGGCCUUGAACUCUGUCAAGGAGGAGACGUUGGAGACCAACGAGGAGGUCAAGAACUUGUUUGACGGUGUUUCGAUGACCAGAACUGUGUUCGAGAAGACCUUGAACAAGCACGGUAUUGAGAAGAUCGACCCUAUGGGCGAAAUGUUUGACCCUAACCACCACGAGGCCACAUUUGAGAUUCCUCAGCCAGACAAGGAGCCAGGUACUGUUUUCCAUGUGCAGCUGCCAGGUUAUCUUUUGAACAAGAGAGUUUUGAGACCAGCCAAGGUGGGUUUGGUCAAGGGAGAGGACAACUGA